AUGUUCCCCGAGGAGAAGAUUCGAAAUGAAGUCGCCACGAUACGCUACAUCCAGGACCACACCGCCAUUCCCGUUCCUUUUAUCCUCCACUGGGGGACGAGAGAAGAGAGUCCCCUCGGCAUAGGGCCAUUCAUAAUCAUGGACUACAUCAACCACGAAAUGAAUAUGACGGCGGCCCUCAACACGCCGGGACUCACGCUUGAUAUACCGCCCGUUCUGUACCCCAACAUUGACGAAGCGAAGCUCGAAAUGCUCUAUCGCCAGGUCGCAAGUAUCCUCCUUCAGCUGUCCAAGUUGGAGCUUCCUUUAAUCGGAGCGCUAGAAGAGACGCACGAACGGUCAUGGGAGGUGACGCGGCGCCCGCUAUCAAUGCCCAUGAACGAGUUGGUCAGGACAGGAACGUUCCCACGAGCAAAACUACCCACGUCCACAUUCAAGACCUCAUCGGAGUACUUCCAAGCCCUUGCAAAUCUCCACGUUGACCAUCUAGCGAACCAAAGAAACGAUGCAAUCGAGUCCAGGGCCGACUGUCAGCGCAAAUAUACAGCGAGACAGCUCUUCCAGAAGCUCGCUUAUGAAAGGAAACUUGUGUCAGACCGCUACGACAAAGGACCAUUCAAGUUCUGGUGCGACGACCUCCGGCCAUCCAACAUACUCCUCGACGCCAACUUACAAAUUGUCGCCGUGAUUGACUGGGAGUUUUCGUACGCGGCCCCCAGCGAAUUCACCUUUGCUCCUCCCUGGUGGCUGCUCAUCGAACAGCCAGAGUACUGGGAAAAGGGCCUAGAUGACUGGGUACAGCAAUACGAGCGCCGCCUCACCACGUUCUUAAAGGCCAUGGGCGACUGUGAAGACGCCUCCAUUGCCGCUGGGCAGCUGCUCGAGGAGCAGCGGCUUUCUGGCAAGAUGCGCGAGAGCUGGGCGAGCGGUGACUUCUGGACAGUCUAUGCGGCUCGGAGGAAUUUUGCCUUUGACGGCGUCUUUUGGGAGAAGUUGGACCCGCGGUUUUUUGGGAGGGGUGAAGGCGCUUCCGGGCCUGGAGAUGCUUGGAUGGAGAGGCUGGAGCUGCUUGAUGAGAAGGCCAGGGCCGCUAUGGAGGCUUUUGUGGACAGGAAGGUGGCGGAGAGUGAGACGAGGGAAUUGGCCUGGGAGCCGGACGAGGUGUUAUAA